GAGCAACUACAACCGGGCAGCAGCAGCAGCAGCAGCAGCAGAAACUAUGGACUCCGCCGCAGCUCUACCUUCAGAGAAGUCUGCAGUUUCAGUCGCGCGUCGUCGCUUCGAGCGUGAGGUUGAAAUCCCAGUCAUCAGAGGGAGGAAUAUACGUUAACACCGAUUUGUGCGGCCAACAAGCAUCAGCUAAAAGCGACGAGCGAACAACAUGGAGACCUAUUUGACGGAGAUCAAACAGUUGCGCAUACCACGCCCGAAAUUUGAGCCCAACAGUUGCCAUCAGCAGCACCAUCAUGCGGUGACAGCCGGCGGUGCCACGCCCAUCCAGCCGCCCCCGCCCCUGCACCACCGUCAGUGGCGACACUUUGUGCGACCCUUUACGCCGCCACGCGAUUACCAUCUGCCCAUGGUGGCCGAGGGCUCCUCCAUGCACGACAAGAUGUGAGAAGGACCCACACUCACUGGCUGGGCAAACAUGCUGCAUAACCCACAUAAUAUACGAUACCUACUUAGGAUAGUGCUUAAGUCUAGCUGUUAGUUUAGUUAACGUACGAUAGAAACAGAUACAGAUACAGUUGCAGAUACAAAGAAUUAAAGUAUACAAAAAUGGA